GACUGUUUUUGCCUUUCUUGCUUUUGUGGCAAAAGGCCAAGGGAAUGGAUUGUUUUUAGUUAGACUUGGCAAUUUUUGCAGCUUACAGGAUCAGAGACAGGUAGUUAAGAUCUCUUCCUGUGGAAGAGAAUGGCUCUGCAAAGUGUCCUAAAGCGAGCCUCUUGCCUAUUCGUAACGUCAAGCGGUUCGAAUGAGGCUCAGGUGCCGUCCUUCGUUGAUGGAGAGAUAAUUUUCUGCAAGAACAACGUAUGCGUGCACCCUCCGAGUCUCGCUCGCCGUGACCUCCAAGUCCACCAUCACCCUGGCUACCUGAGUAUCGCUGUGAGACUAGUCAAUACCAAACCUACCCUGGUCCUCAGCUGGAUCCCCAAUUCCACUCUGAAAGCGAAUCCAUGGGCCGUGGAGAAAAGAGUUUCCCACCCUGAUGUUCUCGCCAGUGAUGGUCUCAGCUGGCCUGGCUCAGACGAGCUUUCAUGGGACGAUGGAGUUACCUUGGGAAGCCCUAGGAGAGCGUCGACUGAGAGUUGGACGGAUGGCUCUAUCGACUCUGUCAGAAGCCGUCUUCAAGGACUUCAAAUGGACGAAACCCCUUCACCUUAUGCGCGCAGUAGAUCCGACUCCAUCACAUCCACCUCAUCCACAGCUGAUACCAAAUCUCUUGGACCAGAUGACGUACCAAACUGGCUUGUUUCGCCAGAAAUGCUAGCAGUGCAGCACAAUUUAGUCUUCCCAGAAAGUGUAGCAGCCUCGCCAGUCGUUCGCAGACGAUCUUCUGCUCACAUAUGCAGAAGAUUCACAGUUGACCUGAGUGAGAUGAGGUCCUUGCGACUUCUGUCAAGUGGAGGCGGUUGCGAGGACGCUGGAGGAGAAGGCGAGGCUUCGGGCCAAUUGGUGGUGGCCUCACGCGAGUCGCAGUACAAAAUUCUGCACUUCCACCACGGCGGCCUCAAACGCCUUGGUCGAGUGCUCUCUGAAUGGAGUUGUUUGCUGCGACCAGGGGGAAAUGGCGACAACCCAGACGAGGCCGCCUUCAAUGGCCCGUAUUUGCACUUCUUGGUUUGCCGCCCUGAGGUUAGCCCUUCGGAGCUCCACCCUGAAGAGGGACGUGUUGGCCCUCUCAGUCCAGACGCGUGGCACUCUCUUCUUGCAGCUGAGGGUCACGUCCAAGAUGACCUAGCCUUCAGAAAGGCAGUCUUUUUUGGCGGUCUGGAGCCAAGCCUUCGCAGCACAGUUUGGCCUUUUCUCCUAAAGGUUUUCUCUUUCCAAUCAACCUGGGACGAUAGAAACACUCAGAUCCUAGAAGACAGAGCCCAUUACAGCAACCUCAGUUAUAGGAGACAGAAUCUCCUUGGCGAGGAAAAAGAGUUUUUCCACAGAACAAUUGAGUGCGUUGUCGAAAAGGACGUCGUUCGAACAGACAGGACGCACGCUUAUUUUACUGGAGACGACAAUCCACACCUGGAGCAAAUGAAAAAUAUUCUAUUGAAUUACGCCUUCGAACAUCCUGAAGUUGGCUACACUCAAGGCAUGUCGGACCUGCUCGCCCCUGUUCUAGUCGAGAUUCAGAAUGAAGCCGACACAUAUGCCUGCUUUGUCAACCUCAUGCAAAAGGCGCUGUUUGUGUGCUCACCAACCGAUUCUGACAUGGACUUGAACCUGAACUUGCUCCGAGAGCUGAUUCGUGUGAUGUGUCCUCCAUUCUACUCGCACCUGGAGAGUUAUCCAAACGCAUUCGAGCUUCUCUUUGCCCACCGCUGGAUUCUUCUAUGCUUUAAACGAGAGUUCAGCGAGGAGUGCGUUCUGCGGAUGUGGGAGGCCUGCUGGGCCAACUACCUCACAGACUUUUUCCACCUGUUCUUGAGCCUUGCCAUUGUGUGCGUCUACGGCGACGACGUGGUCCAGCAGCGGCUCCGGCCUGACGAGAUGCUCCUGCACUUCAGCUCUUUAGCCAUGCACAUGGAUGGUCAGCUUGUCCUCAGCAAGGCAAGAGGUCUAUUGUACCAGUUUCGUCUCAUGCAGCGCAUUCCGUGCUCUUUGCGCUCAUUGUGCCAGCAGUGCGGCCCAGGGGUGUGGGACAGCACUCACGCUCCAGAUAUUGAGUGUGUGCAUGGAGACCAGCCUUGUCCUCAUAAUUUCUGAUGAACUGGCACCAAAAAAACUUGUGAUUUUACCAAAGCUGAUAGAAUCGAAAACAUGAUAACAUGUCAAUGAAAUACCAAAGAGGAACUUGUCAAUGAAAUGUUUCAUAGUUAAACUGAUUAAAAAUAGUCACUUUGUGUUCAAAGAAAUCAAUUUUUGGAUUUGUAAGAUUUUUUAAUUUGUACAACACUUUUUGUUUGCACUUUAAUUAGAAACUCUUGUGUGAUAUUUAAAUAAAUUUUUAUGCAAUUAAUUUACAA